ACUCUAGGUGUGUCGACUAAACUUCCUGCUUUAUUGUGUUGAGUCGUUUGUCGCCACAGGACCUUCAUUUGGGCGAAAAAAUAAGCUUAAACUAGCUAGUUUACAAAUGGAGAUGAAGUGCAGAAGGAUAGCAUGGGUAACGGUGGUGAUCUGUCUGCAGCUUCGAUACGGAUCAGGCACAAAGAACAAACUGAAUGACUAUAUUUCCCAUUACGAGGAAUUAAAUUACGAUGCGAAUGACCUUCACAACCUUCAUCUCCGAGCCAAACGGUCACUUUCUGACCAGUCCCUUAAUCUCAGGUUUAAAGCACACAGCAGAAAUUUUAAUUUAGAACUUCAAAAAGACUCCAAGAUCUUCAGUAAAAAUGCAGAUAUCGAAUAUGGAGAUGGAAGUACAAAGCCAUUGGACACCAGUUUUCUAUACAGAGGGCAGUUACGGGGUGAGCCCGGGUCAUCUGUGUAUGGCAGUGUGUUGGGAGGAGUAUUCACAGGAACCAUUGAGUCCCCAGAGACUGGAAGGUGGCACAUAGAACAUGCCAACAAGUACUUCUCUAAAGAAGUCACAGAGAAGAAAAAGUUCCAUUCCAUCAUCUACCAUGAGGAUCAUAUGGAUAUGGACCCAUACAGGCAUAUCCGCAGUGCAGCUGGUACUGCUCAGUGUGGAAGUAGCAAUAGUGACAUUGCAGACUGGAUGAGCAGAGUUCAGAAUUCUGCUGUGGAUGUAAAGAAGAGAAGUUACAGGACGGCUACCAGGGAAGAUCAUCAGAGGGAACACAAUAUCUAUUCUGAGGCUUUGAACAGGGAGAAACGAGAGGAAGAAAACAGGCAGAAGAGAGCGACUGUCCCUGUAACCACUCCGCAAAAUAACACCUGCAGUCUGCUUUUACAGUCAGACCCUGCACUGUGGGAUCACAUGAUACAAAUGCAUAAUGAUGAGAUGCGUACAGAAGAAGCCAUUAUAGCCAUGUUUCAUACCCAUGUCACGGCCAUCAAGGACAUAUAUCAGAAGACAAUAUUUGAGACAUAUGAUGGAUCCAAGAAACUGACUGGUUAUAGUUUCCGUGUUCAAAGAGUGAGGGUUUUCAAGCGUAGUGACUGUUCACAAGCAAACGUGAAAGACUUCUGCAUCGCACAUAUAGAUGUCAGCAACUUCCUUAACCUAAACUCUAAAAUGGACCACGACAAGUACUGCCUGGCGUACAUGUUCACGUAUCGUGAUUUCACUGGAGGCACCCUGGGACUGGCGUGGGUGGGCUCCUCAGGAAGGGCAUCUGGUGGCAUAUGUGAAAGAUGGAAGGAGUACAGUGAGCAGGAUAGCUCAGGCAGUAAGGUCACCAAAGUGUACAAGAGUCUGAACACAGGCAUUGUGACCUUCAUUAACUAUGGGCAGACUGUUCCAUCCAGGGUUUCCUCACUGACGCUGGCCCACGAAAUCGGUCAUAACUUUGGGUCACCGCAUGACCAGGGAAGUGAGUGUACACCCUACACGUCAAUGGGUGACAGGAACGGGAACUAUAUCAUGUUUGCAAGUGCUACCUCUGGCGACAAAUCCAACAACAAGUUGUUCUCCCCUUGCAGUAAAGACAACAUUACUCUGGUUCUUGAUGCUCUGAACAGGGGAACUAAAGCGAACUGUCUUAUUGGUAAUGAAGCUGCUUUCUGUGGAAACAACAUAGUAGAAGAAGGAGAGGAAUGUGACUGUGGAUUUGCCAACAGCAAUGGGGAAUGUACAGACAAGUGCUGCAACCCAGCAGUAGAAAGUGGCAGUAGCAGUAAUGCAUGUAAAAGAAAGCCUGGCAAAGUGUGUAGCCCAUCGCAAGGGCCAUGUUGUGAUGCAGACACCUGUGACUAUGUUCCAGAGUCAAGGAAUCUUGUAUGCAGAGCUGCUGCAGAUUGCAAUGAACAACAGAUUUGUAAGGGAACAAACUACACUUGUCCAGACUCAAGAUUGAAGGCGGACUUUUCAUCUUGUAAAAAUAAUACCAAAGUAUGCAAACAAGGGGAAUGCACUGGGUCUAUAUGUGAAAGAAUAGAGAGUAAUAAUGUCCGCUGGGAGGAGUGCUUCAUUAAAGCUGAUCUUGCAGAUAAAGAAGUUGACAAGACAUCCUUAUGUUAUGUAUCUUGUAGAGAAGGGAAUGCUACAAAAUGCUGGAGCUCUUUGAAUCAAAAGGAUAGCGGUUUUCCAGAUACUUUUAAGGACAUGUUACAAAAUGUUACCAAUGGAGCUGCUAUCAAAGCGCCCCCUGGUGCGCCAUGUAAUAAUUUUGCUGGCUACUGUGAUGUGUUUUAUAAAUGUCGAGGGGUGGAUGCUGAUGGACCCUUGGCAAGACUCAAGAACUUACUUUUUAAUGAGCAGACACUUAAUUCAAUUAAGGAUUGGAUUAUUACUUAUUGGUGGGCAGUGGUUCUUAUGAUCAUAGGUCUGAUCAUCUUCAUGGCUUUGUUUAUUAAACUUUGUGCUGUGCACACUCCCAGCAGCAACCCUAAUAAAAAACCUGCACGAAAGGUCAGCGAAACCAUGAACACGCUGAGGCACCCGCGACAGAGUAUUCGCCAAUACCGAGAGGGGCACCGCCACCCCCAGGAGCCGCCCCCUCCAUACCCUGGCCCAAGCCAAGGUGCCCCGCCCCAUGGCCGAGGCAAGAGAAGUGGAGGAAAGGGAGGAAGAAAAGAACAAGUGGAGAUGAAGGGGCGUCGUGUAUAACACAAGCUGCAGAUAACAAUAUGAUGAUAACAAUUGUGAAAAAAUGUUUGCACAAAUCAGGGAGUAGCAGAUACUUUUUGUUGAAUUAUUCACUUUCCACCAUUAUUGAAGAGGAUGAAAAAACAUAUCAUGCACUUAAAUGUUUUUUUUUUUUUUUUUCAUUUUCUUUUUGUAAUAUGGCGCACUAUGGGAUUGCUUUGUUGAUCUAAUGAAGAUGGGAACUUUUUAUAUCUCUGAAGGUUGCAGUAAACAUAGUGAAUAUAAUUUGUAUAAUAUUGGUAAAUAUCCCAUUACCAAUACAGUGAUGGAAUUAUCAUGAUGCAUAUGUGGUGUCAUGAUACUGGCCAUUACACACUGUAUUGGCAUAUGUUUAUGUGUCACCUUCAUAGGUAACACUGCUAACACAAUAGACACACCACAUUUUGCUGCGUGGGAAAACCUUCUAACAGUCAAGGAUCAUUCCUGAUGUAUAUAUACCAUUUUAAAGGAAAUUUGUACUAGUUUUAACAAUGAUGUUUUUCUUGGCCCAUGCUUGUGUAAAUUCAAAUGCUGGAAAUGAUUUAAUUUGGCUAGAGAUGAUGUAUUAUUUUAAAGUAUUCGCCAGUUUAAUUAUUACUAUUAUUAUUAUUAUUUGAUCCAAAAUCUGAUUUGACUUAAGAAAAGUGCAGUUAUUUGGCAUAAAGACAGAGAAUGCCAGUGUUUGGCCGGGUAUUGAAAUGUUCUGUGAGGCACCAUAUGUUGAUACUGUAAUGUGAUUGUGCAAACAUGACAGCAGCGAUAGAGAAAUGACUACAAUAACAACAGCAGGGAGUCAAUAUUCUUAUAUUUAUACUUAAUGAGUACUUUUGGGUUGUGAAAAUUAUCGUGCAAAAACAAACAAGACAUGUAUAUGGCAACUUGCUCCCCAUUAGCUGCGCUAAGGAGUGCCCAUGAUUUGCCUGACAGAUAGACCUCGAGACAGACAAACAGACAGACACACAAACAUACACACACACACAGGAAGACAGUUUUUCAUCUAAUUUCAACCUAUAUUAGACAAUCAUUGCCAUCAUCAUUCAUAUUGCCCAGAGAGAAAUGAAAAUAGCCUGCUUGUCUGGUAAUUACAUUGUUGAUCUUUAUACAGUACAUGAAUUGGCUCAUGAAGGCUUUUAUCAGCUUAUUACAGCAUUUAGGCAAAUGAAAAAUUGUGAUUUUACAACUGUGUCUGAAAAGCUGCAGCAAAAAAACUUGGUUAAAUGAUUUUCAUCACCAAACUCAUGCCCCGAGUUUGGUCAAUAUUGUCAAGGCUUAGCAUUUAUAAAUAUGAUAUAUAUACUUGAAAGUGAAUAUUAAUAUGAAUAUACAGUUAUACAUAUAAUACAUGGAGACCAAGGGCCAUCUGGUCAGACAUAUUUUAUUAGGAUGGUUGAAACUUGUAUCAUAUAGAUCAAAUAGUUAAUUUUUACUCAGGAUAACGUUCCACUUGAUGUCUAGUAUAGAUACUUUGCACGUGUAUCACUUCUAUUCAGAAAACCAAAUGCACAAUUUACCAAUAACCACCUUUAAGAUAAAAUCUCAUCUAGAAUUUGUUUGAGUAUGUAUGUUAGGAUAUAUACCUAGAGGGUCACUGUUGUCACCAUUUAAUGAGUAGUUAUAAGACAAUGGGAAUUUCCAAUUCACCUUUUUUUGUGUGUUGGGUGUUGUGUGUUAUACUGUUAUGGACACCUGGGCCUUUUCUGCAGGGCAGCUUGGUCGAGGUGAUGUGUAUCAAAUCACGUGCAAGGCAUCUAUAUGAUGACAUGGUAUAUGAAGAUAACUUCAUUUUUAGGCUGUCAAUCAGUUUGAUUAUGCUCUGGCACUUGAUCUGGCACAGAAUGCUUAUUCAAAAUUAUGCACAUUUGAUAUAUAGAUUUACUUCCAAACAAAUUCUUUUUCCCUUUUCUUGUCAUGUGCUAAAUACUGUGAUAAAUCUAGGCUUGAAUGGAACAUAUUUGUGUGAAUUUUGCAUUUGUAGAAUAAGCAAACUAGUAGUCAAUGCUUCAAGAAGAAUAAGUUUGUUUGCGAUUAAAAGCGUAAUAGUGAAAAUAGUUCUGAAUAUUAUUUUCUUAUUGUGUGUGUCACUAUUACUCGGUACUAAAAAGAAAUCUGUCAUUAUUAUUUUUUGUCUUAGAAAAAGGAACUGAGGUUUGUUCCAAUUUUGUAAUUAGACACUGUUAAAUCUUCAGCUUAUUUCAUAAUUACAUUUCAUGUGCAGAAAUGAAUCCCACUAUUUUUAUAGAGAAGGCAUGCACACCAGUCAGACUGUCUGACACCAUGAUCAUGUGACAUACAUCCAUAACAUCAUGAUCAUGUGACUUCUGUCGGCUUAUCCCAUUUGUGGAAAGGAUUGAGCUUAAAACAGCAUCUUAACUAGAAUUUCUGCUGCACCAAUUUUCCUUUCUCAGCAUAGUGAUGUCUGUUAAUAUCUUAAAUCUUAUUUGAUUGCAAUACCUUUUUAUAUGUCUAGAUAUCUGCUUGGUGGUGCAGUCACUAGUUACAAGGAUGGUUAAAUAUUUCAAAACUUGGAUAUGAUGUCUCAUUUAAAAGCCAUGUUUGCCUUUCUGUGCAUUAAUUAAUGCGACGGAAAUGUUUUCUGGUAGUUGAUGAAUUUGGUGCGCUAGCCAAACCUUUGGCAAGAAUGCAUCUCUUUAAACAGGUGGCCAACUCUGCUUCUGAAGUCCAAAGGCUUGGUAUGGUUAAGCAUGAACUGGACAAAAAUCAUUAAACAAAAAACAUAGCCAGGGGUCAGAAGCACAAUGGUGUUGGUGGAAAACUAAACAAAAUGCAUGCGGAAGUAGUUAACAAUAGACAAAUAUGGCGAAAACUAGUCACAUUCAAGUAUUGAAAAAAAAAGAGGAUAUAUUAACUGUGUCCAUCAUUUUAUUCCAUUUGAUCUUGCGCAUGUAGACAAAUAUGUUGUUCUUUACAAUGGGGGCAUACAUGAAUUUAGCACCCCAAGAUUAAUCCUUAUCAAGGCCCAGCUCUGAAUUCUUUGUUAAGAUAUAUUCAACGUUAUGUAAAUUAAUCUUGAAGUGGGAGGUGGUCAAGUGUCCUCUGUGAGGUCCGUGCCGAGCAUGUAUGUCGUCACGAAUUGGUCCCUGUGGUAACGGAUCAUGUGACUUUUUUACGUGACCAUUGUUGUGAAUAACAUUUAAGUAGCGUAAAGUGACCUUAUAACAAGCUAAACUGUUAGAUAUAUAACCGUCGUCUCAUCUCUCAUCAAUGCGGUCAUGUGUAAACUUUUUCUUACUAAUAGUGUUCAAUAAAAUUAUGACAUUUUAUAA